AGGUUGUACAUACGACAGUGCCUUAUAAUCAAUGUAACACCAAUAUUUAAUAAAUUUGGUCAGACCCUUGACGUCCUUUCUUUCCAGCCACUUGGCAUGCCCCAGAAAUUCAAGGUCAAAAUUGUACGGCCAGACUUACCCAGUUCAACGUCUGUCAAGCAUUUUGAAACCCUUGCAUGAAAAAAACGAAUGCCUACGGGAAAAGGCGCAACUUCCUGUUUAUGACACUCAAGUCUGAAACUCAGGAUUUGUGCUUAGUUCCUGGUCUUUGGUAUUCAGUCUAGUCGUUUGUUUUAUUCACAUCCUGGAUGACUUUGUUGCCAAUCUAUCGGAAAGAUUUUAUUCUAGGUAGGUCACCUUUCUGUUAAAUGGGCCAAGAUAUCAAGGAUCUCUAGGUUCACAUGGAAAAGACUUGCCACAAGUUAGUAAUUAUUUAUCACACCAGGAACUGUCUAGUUAGACUUUCUUUGCUUCAGGUCAUUAGUUCAUUCAAUCAUAGAUUGAAAACCUAUUCUGGAAGAGUUUUAGCUGUCAUUUGUCCAGAUUCUUUUUUCCCACAGGAGGGAAUCGUUGGAGAGACUGACUGCAGCACAAGGGGCGGUGCUGUGCUUGGAAUCCAUUCUUAGGUUUUAUCUUCUACUUGCUUUUGCAAAAAAAUGUAUGAAGAUACCAUAAAACCACAGACUCCAAAGCCACUCGGAGCAUGCUUCGAAAGUUGACCAGAAAGCUAAGGACUCAAAGGCGACAGGAGCCACUUAGAAAUCCUCUCCGACUAAACACUGGCUAAGUCUUUGGUUUGCACCUGCCUCUCCUGUCUGACUUCCUCAGCUACCUUGCUGAGCUCCGCCCCCUCAGGUGACCCCACCGUUUCCUGGCUGCACAGCUUCCCCAACCCCUGCCACUAAGCGGAACCAAAAUGCGUUGACUCUGGGGUAGGACCGGACCUUUCUAGCUCAGACUCCUCGCAGCGGUGACUCGGCAGCCGCGUCUAGCGUCAUCAGUGACAGCCCCGACCCUUGCUACGCUUUGCGUCGCUCUGCCAGGCGCAGUCGCCUCCUCCUCGGCAAAUAGUCCUCGGCAGGGUCCGAGUUCUCGGGUCAUCCGAGGUGGAAAACAGCACAGGUUGCAAUUGGAGGGACGCGGAGUGGACGAGGAGAGGGAGCCGAGGAGCGGCGUCUUCUCGAGAAGCGCGAGAAGUGAGUUAGAAACUCCCUCCUCGCCUGGGAUCCCUCCGCCUGCAGUUGCGGUGGUGAGGCCGAGGGAGCCGCCAUUUUGGAUGUUCGGUUCCUGCUGCCACUGCUGCCGCCGCCCCCGAAGCUGCUGGUUUCAUUCGAGGUUUCGGGCCGAGGAUGCCAGCCCCCAUCAGAUUGCGGGAGCUGAUCCGGACCAUCCGGACAGCCCGAACCCAAGCUGAGGAACGAGAAAUGAUUCAGAAAGAAUGUGCUGCAAUCCGGUCAUCAUUUAGAGAAGAAGACAAUACAUACCGGUGUCGGAAUGUGGCAAAGUUACUAUAUAUGCACAUGCUGGGCUACCCUGCUCACUUUGGACAGUUGGAGUGCCUCAAGCUAAUCGCCUCACAAAAAUUCACAGACAAACGCAUUGGCUAUUUAGGAGCAAUGCUGUUACUAGAUGAAAGACAAGAUGUGCAUCUUCUCAUGACCAAUUGUAUCAAGAAUGAUCUUAAUCAUAGCACGCAGUUUGUGCAGGGGCUAGCACUUUGUACCCUCGGCUGCAUGGGCUCCUCAGAGAUGUGCAGAGAUCUCGCAGGAGAGGUAGAAAAGCUUCUGAAAACCUCCAACUCUUACUUAAGAAAAAAGGCAGCACUGUGUGCUGUUCACGUCAUCAGGAAGGUUCCUGAACUUAUGGAGAUGUUUUUACCAGCAACAAAAAAUUUAUUGAAUGAGAAGAACCAUGGUGUCCUUCACACGUCUGUAGUCCUCCUCACAGAGAUGUGUGAACGGAGCCCAGACAUGCUCGCACAUUUCAGAAAGCUUGUGCCCCAAUUAGUUCGUAUUCUAAAGAACCUCAUCAUGUCCGGAUAUUCCCCAGAACAUGAUGUUUCUGGUAUCAGUGACCCCUUUUUGCAGGUACGAAUUUUGCGGUUAUUAAGAAUUUUAGGACGGAAUGAUGAUGAUUCAAGCGAAGCUAUGAAUGAUAUAUUAGCACAGGUUGCCACUAAUACAGAGACUAGUAAAAAUGUAGGAAAUGCUAUUCUAUAUGAAACGGUUUUGACUAUCAUGGACAUUAAAUCAGAGAGUGGAUUGCGAGUUCUAGCCAUAAAUAUUCUUGGUCGAUUCUUAUUGAAUAAUGACAAAAAUAUUAGAUAUGUUGCUCUGACAUCUCUGUUGAAGACUGUGCAGACAGAUCAUAAUGCUGUACAGAGGCACAGAAGUACCAUUGUGGACUGUCUAAAAGAUCUGGAUGUUUCCAUAAAAAGACGUGCAAUGGAAUUGAGUUUUGCCCUGGUGAAUGGGAAUAAUAUCCGAGGCAUGAUGAAGGAAUUACUUUAUUUUCUGGAUUCUUGUGAGCCAGAAUUUAAAGCCGAUUGUGCAUCUGGAAUCUUCCUUGCUGCAGAAAAGUACGCACCUUCCAAACGGUGGCAUAUAGAUACAAUUAUGCGUGUCUUGACAACGGCAGGAAGUUAUGUUCGUGAUGAUGCAGUUCCCAACUUGAUUCAGUUAAUAACCAACAGUGUGGAGAUGCAUGCUUACACCGUCCAGCGCCUGUACAAGGCAAUUCUCAGUGAUUAUUCUCAACAACCCUUGGUACAAGUGGCUGCGUGGUGUAUAGGUGAAUAUGGAGAUCUUCUUGUGUCUGGCCAGUGUGAAGAGGAAGAGCCUAUUCAGGUGACAGAAGAUGAAGUGCUGGAUAUUUUAGAAAGUGUCCUGAUCUCUAAUAUGUCCACCUCUGUGACAAGAGGUUAUGCUCUCACUGCCAUUAUGAAGCUGUCUACUCGAUUCACCUGUACUGUAAACCGGAUUAAGAAAGUGGUUUCCAUCUAUGGGAGCAGCAUCGAUGUGGAGCUCCAGCAGAGGGCAGUAGAGUACAACGCACUUUUUAAGAAGUAUGACCACAUGAGGUCUGCCCUACUUGAGAGAAUGCCUGUCAUGGAAAAGGUGACCACAAAUGGCCCUUCUGAGAUUGUGCAGACAAAUGGAGAGACAGAACCAGCUCCACUAGAGACUAAACCACCACCCUCUGGGCCACAACCCACCAGCCAGGCCAAUGAUCUGUUGGAUUUGUUGGGAGGAAAUGACAUAACACCUGUUAUUCCAACUGCACCAACAAGCAAACCAGCAUCUGCUGGUGGAGAACUUCUUGACUUGCUGGGAGACAUCACCCUAACAGGUGCUCCAGCUGCUGCUCCUACCCCUGCCUCAGUGCCACAGAUAUCCCAGCCCUCCUUCUUGUUGGAUGGGCUUUCGUCACAGCCUCUCUUCAAUGACAUCGCUCCAGGCAUCCCCUCCAUCACAGCGUACAGUAAGAACGGCUUGAAGAUAGAAUUCACCUUUGAACGGUCAAACACCAACCCCAGUGUAACAGUGAUAACGAUACAGGCCUCUAACAGCACAGAGCUAGACAUGACGGACUUUGUUUUCCAGGCUGCAGUACCAAAGACAUUCCAGCUGCAGCUCCUGUCUCCUAGCAGCAGCGUCGUCCCAGCAUUUAAUACAGGGACCAUCACACAAGUCAUUAAAGUUCUGAACCCACAGAAGCAACAGCUGCGAAUGCGGAUCAAGCUCACAUAUAAUCACAAGGGCUCAGCAAUGCAGGAUCUAGCAGAAGUGAACAAUUUCCCCCCUCAGUCCUGGCAAUGAGGGUGCAGCACCAUUCUCAUUCUUACCCCACUCAAUCAAAGGAAUUCUGGGAAGGAGGUUGUGAUUGCUGGCAAGUCCCCCCAACUGUACCAUGGGCACGAGGAGCUGAGAGAACUGUUGAGGAGGGUUUUCCUCAAGUUACUGCUGACCUUGAAGCAUCAGUAAAGACUAAUGUCCUCUCCUCUGCUGUUGAGGUUGGCUGCUUCUCGAGGCUACUUUGCACUCUUCCUCCUCUUCUCCCUUUUCUGCACUUCACCCCUCCCACAUUUGCAGCCAGAAUCAACAUUCUCUGGGCCACUGAGGCAACCAGCAGCUGGCCUGGAGGAGAGGACUGGAAUUCACGGCAAGAAAACACUCACUCUGUCUCUGCAGCAAAGAGUGGCCCCUACUUUCUACUGUUGUAUCUCUGUGGACUGGGCAAGGUGGGGUGUUAUUCCUCACUAGCUGGCUACCAUCGUAAGGCGCUUUUUACGUCAGGCAUUUGGAAUGGAAUUGUAACAAUGGACAUAAGGGAGCCCUGCCCUUUUCUGCUGGUUCUCCCAAUGUUUGAAAGAGGCUCCUGGAGCCUUUUCUGUGCAUUGCUGUAUACACACAGACACACAUGUAUGUAUGUUUGUUAUAUUAAAGAAGCCGGUUAGACCUUGAGAGGUUGUUUGUAAACACUGGACAGAUACAGUUCAGAGAGCUUUUGUGGAGAUGUGGCAUGAAGGAUAUGGUGCUCUAUUUGUAAUAGAAACUUCCAAGGCUCUUCCAGCUCCCCUUCCUCUCCAUUCUUUAGCUGUAGUCAUGAGUUCUCUCUCCAUGAUUUUCAAGAUCAAUUCCCAUUAAAUUGCAAAGUGGACACUUUCUAAAAGACACGUGAAUAGUUAUUAAUGAUCCUGUUCCCCCCACAGUGUCUCUCCCAAGCCUGUCACUUGCCUGUUUGAGCUGUGGUAAAUGGAUCAAAAGAGGAGAUCAGUCUUAAGGAGCAGAUCCUGUCACAGACCACCAUGGCCCAUAGAAGAGCAGUGCUAAACUCAAUCUGGAGCGCACUGGAGUCGGCUUGUCCAUUGCUCCAAUCCUCCCUUUUCAUUUCCUGAGCCUGGCUUGGGCCUUGCCAUUCCGUUUGAAUUCCUUCUUCUAACUGGAACAUUUGUGUUGUAUCUGUAACACUGGCACUGAAAUAAAGACCACACGGUUAAAGAAAUCGUUCCUACAUUGUACUUUAUGGUGUUGAAAUGAAGCCUUGUAGCUUCCUUGCCCCUUGUGUGAGAGCAAGUCUGGUCACCAUAGGGUAGGAAUAUCCUUUCCUGAGUAGGAGAAAUUGGUCUCUUAAGAAACCAAUCUCAUGAACAUUUGCAUUAAAGGUUUGAGCUUUUUAAACAGUAAGAGUGCCGAGUGUUUUUUAGAAAAGACCCUGAUGUUACCAAAUCUUUGUGUUGACUUGGAACACAAAGGAAGGAGGUGAAGGUGAUUGUCUGUGGUCAUGUUGAAUGUACUAUGUAUGUUCAGGUAUUCAGGCAUCAUGUCCAAUUUACUACAGGAGAAAGAAAAAAUGCCCCCCCCCUUUUGCUUGUAAAGCAUUUGCAGUUGUUACUGUAUUAUGCAGUAAAAUAACACUUUGGCUUGAGUUGAUACAAAUCUCCUUUUCUCCCUGCUCCAUUUCACCACGCCUUUACUUAAAAUCUUCAGUGUCUUGUCAAACCUAGCUCUGUAUCAGAUGCUAGACUAUUCCUAACAUUGGCAAACUGGAGUUGAACUAAAGGCUCCAAAAGGGAAAGUUUCUGGUCUUAAUAGUCUUUUAAGAGCAAGAUUUACUGAAACUUACUUGACUGGGUAAAUGGACAGCUGAGUUACAAACAGGAUGUUUCUCCUGUAUUCAGCAAAACAGGUGUGGACAAGUGCAAACUUUUAGACAGCUGCUCUGUGCAGUGAAAGCCUUUAGGAUUUCCUGCAGACAGAUUUCAUUGGAUGGAUAUUUAAUGCUGUGAAACAUGAUAGGAUUAAUGCUGUAUUGGUGGAUUUCUUGAAUAGAAUUUGUCUUAACAUUCCUUUUUGUGUGGAGGCUUUAUUUUCUCCCUUACAUUUGUAGCUAACCAGCUCAGGUUUUUGGUUGACUUUUGUUGUUGUUGUUGAACUGAGUUGAAUCUGAAGAAAUCUGCUCAAGACCAAGUGCUAGCCGAUGGAGCUGGAAAGAUCUCCUCUUCUGACAAAGCAUCUGCCUGGGUGAUGAGUUUUGAGGUAGCGUUUACGAUCAUCCAUGGCUUUAUCGAGAAGGAAUAAAAAUAUCAUGGCCUUAACACAAAGGGUGCUGUGUAGAUACAGAAUUCAUUUGGGAGACGACCUGAACACCAAUACUGAUGGACUAGCAGCCAAAUACCUGCCUAGGAUGCUGAUGGUUGUGAAGACAGCCCCAAGUGAUUGGAUCUUUGAAAGCUUCAGCGUGCCUUCUUAGUUUCUAGGAUCAGCGUUAGUUCUCACUUGGCCUUGCAGCUUAAAGGAGAAAUCUCUUCGUUUCUGUGACUACUCACACAUUUCAGUCAUUCCUUUCCCACAUAGAACCCUUCAAGAGGAAACAGAUUUGGAUGGAUUUGACAACCUCAGAGCCAUUGUGAAGAGAGUGAUUUCUGUGACUUGAAUAAACCCAAGGUGAUCCGUAGUGAGCCCCACUUACUGACAGUUUUACACGCACUUGUACCUCAUUAGCAUCACCUUCUUUGAGGAGUAGUUUUUAUGUCAUCCUUCUUUCCCAUCCCAGAGUUAUCCUAAGGGAGAAUUCCUCUAAGCAAUCUCAGACAACUGUAGACGCUUCUCCCACAAUGCUUUGGUGCUGUUACCUUGAGAUGGUUUAGGAAGUCAUGGAAGUUUUCUGCUGUGUGUGUCAUCAUCUGUUAAACUUUGAGGUUUUUUGUUUUUUCAUUUAAAGCAACAUUCCUCGAUGUGACAGUACAGGCAUUCCUUGCUUGGUUACUGGUGUGGUUCUUAACCUUUGUUUGUCUCCCUCAUAUAUGAAAAUCAACUUUUUAAAACUGUCCAGCACUAAUAGUUUGAAAAUUUCCAUCUCCUAUAUAAUAUGCUUUCCAUUUCUAUGUCCUUUUAGAAAAUGUUGGAAGUUAGGGAAUACCCCUUUUGUGGUUCAACUUUAUUUUCUUCUACAUUGGAAUAUAUUUCAGCCGUGAGAACUUGAGGAAGGAGGAGUUUGAAUGUGUAUUUUUUUUUCCUACUGAAUGUAUUUUAACUGCGGUGUCCUAAACUGAGAGAGAACAACAACAACAAAAUGCAUAUUCACAAACUUUGUGUUUGGGAGGGCUGUAUAUGCUGGGGUGUUUAUCAGUCUGGGUGUGGGGGAAGAGAACUGCACAGGAAGUUCUGAAGUUUAAAAUACUUCUGACCAGUUUUGGCUCGGGAGGGUGGGGCUGUUUGUCGAACUGAAAGUGAAAACCCUUUUCAAGCAAUAGCAGUGAGUGGGUCCCGUGGACAAGGUUCCAUUCCCAGAACCUGGAACUCUCUAAACCGAAGAAAAUGCUGAAGCGGCUAGAAGCAGCUUGAGCAGUUGCUUCUUGAUCCUGGCUUCAGACAGAGCAUUGGAGACUUUUCCCCUUAAGAACCUGCAUUUGCGCUUUGUGUGUUUUGUUUUUAUUUUUAUUUGGGGACCUCAUGGGAGAGGGCUUCUGCACUCCUUCCUUUGUGAACCCCACUGUGUUCCUGUAUCGUCCUUCUCCUACUAUGUUGUAAGUUACGUUUUCAUUAGGCCCCAUCACAUCUUCUUUACUGUAAAAUUAUUAAAAGGCUGUUUCCAAGUGGGGCAGCUAAUGAAGUUCUAAUUAUUGCAGACAUAUUUUUGAGAUGUAAAAAAAUUUAAAGUGAAAUGAUAAGUCUUGAAGGCGAGUGAGGAAUAAAACGGAUGUAAACAUUUACAUGGGAUGCAUUCGGAUUCUGCUGUGUGUAUUGUCUUUUGGUUGAAACAAAUUAUGAACAGUGACUAAUAAUAAAAAGUCAAUACUCAAUGAUUUAAA